AUCUGAUGGGUCCAACCCCUUGCAAUAUACCAUAUCAGAUUGCAAUCCAUCAGGUUCGAUUACUAACAGUAAAGAUUUUAUCAACAAAUUCCGUUUCGGGAAAAAAAACCCAAUUAUUCCUUCACUCCUGAAACCAGCUAUAUGAUGCUAAAUGUAUUAUCCACAACAAGACAUUAGGUAGCUCCACGGUAAAACUGGAUCUCUGUUAGCUACGCUGCUAACUUACUAGCUAACACAUUGUAACAGCGAACUUGGCAGGUCAGACUUUCGUCCGAGUGAAUGUGAUAAUUCUCUGUCAAGCAAGCACUCUCCAGAAGAUGGAUCAGGAAAGAAACCCUUGAGAAAAGGCGUUUCACAAGUCAGACCAGUUGAUUCAUAUUUUAAGAUUGAAAAUUGAAGACAUGGAGGCUACAGUUGUGCUUCCAGUUCUGAAGAAAAGGCUGGCUUUCCUGUCAGGGGGGAAGGACAGACGCAGUGGCUUAAUCCUGAGCAUCCCGCUGUGCACGGAACAGACCAGCAUGGAGGAGCUCAGCUCCACACUGGACUAUCUGCUCGGCAUCCCCAGUGAGAAGUGCAAAGCACGAGGCUUCACAGUCAUUGUAGAUGGCAGGAAGUCUCAAUGGAAUGUAGUGAAGACAGUGGUACUCAUGUUGCAGAAUGUAAUACCAGCUGAGGUGUCCUUGGUAUGUGUGGUCAAGCCUGAUGAAUUCUGGGACAAGAAGGUGACCCACUUCUGUUUCUGGAAGGAGAAAGACAGGCUUGGAUUUGAGGUUAUUCUUGUAUCUGCCAAUAAACUUACGCGCUACAUUGAGCCAUGUCAACUGACAGAGGAGUUUGGGGGAAGCCUACUUUACGAUCACAUUGACUGGCUGAACAAAAGACUGGUCUUUGAGAAGUUCACAAAGGAGUCUACUUCCCUCCUGGAUGAGCUUGCUGUCAUUAAUGAAAAUGAGAAAGGAAGCCAGCCAGACAAGGACAGACCCUUAGAUUGUACCUCCCUCCCAUCAUUUGACCCUGAGACUGUCUUACAGACUGGUCAUGAGCUGCUGUCCGAGUUGCAGCAGCGGCGCUUUAACGGUUCGGAGGGCGGGACGGCCUGGUCUCCCAUGGACGACGAGCUGCUGGCUCAGCCACAGGUGAUGAAGCUGCUGGACUCGCUGAGGGAGCAGUACACCAAGUACCAGGAAGUGUGCCGGCUUCGCAGCAAGCGCUCACAGCUGGACGAGAUCCACACCAAAGUCAUGCAGGUUGUGAACUGGCUGGAGGGCCCAGGUACAGAGCAGCUCAGCAGGCAGUCUGGGAUUGGAGAUUCCAUCAGAGCCUCUCAGGCCUUGCAGCAGAAACACGAGGAGAUCGAGAGCCAGCACAGCGAGUGGUUCGCCGUGUACGUGGAGCUGAACCAGCAGAUCGCGGCACUGCUAAGCGCAGUGGACGAGGAGGACCUGGAGGAGCUGAAGGGGCUCCAGCAGCAGCUGAGCGACGUGUGCUACAGACAGGCCAGCCAGCUGGAGUUCAGACAGAACGUGCUGCAGCUGGCCCACCUCUUCCACAGCGCCGCUCACGAGUUGUCCCAGCAGUUGGAUGGACUACUGGGCAUGCUCUGUGCAGAAGCCACCCCAGCCGACGGAGCUGCCAUCCAACAGACUUUGAAACAUCUAGAAGAAAAACUCAAGAGCGUGGAGGGCGGUUUGCAGGGCUUAAGGGAGAAAGCUCAAAUCCUCCUCAACCAAAUCUCCAAUCAGACAUCCUGGACGUACGGGAAAGAGGUCCCUGCUGAAAACAAAGAAAACGUGGAACAUGUUCAGUGCGUCUUGGAUGAUAUGCAGCUUCGGAAACAGAGGUGUGAGGACAUGGUGGAUGUGAGGAGACUGAAGAUGCUGCAGAUGGUUCAGCUUUAUAAGUGUGAGGAGGACGCUGCCCAGGCAGUCGAAUGGAUUGGUGAGCUGCUGGAUGCGCUCCUGAAGACUCAUAUCAGACUAGGAGAUGAUGCACAAGAAUCCAAAAUACUUCUGGAGAAGCACAAAAAAUUUGUGGAUGUCACUCAGAGCACCUAUGACUACGGCAGACAGCUGCUGCAGGCCACAGUGGUGCUGUGCCAGUCCCUGCGCUGUGCCACCCGCUCCUCUGGCGACACCCUGCCACGCCUCAACCGCGUCUGGAAGCAGUUCUCCAUCAGCUCCGACGAGCGGCUUCAGCGGCUGGAGGUGGCCAGCUGCUUUCACUUCGCUGCGGAAAAGGUCCUGAAAGACAGCCCGGAACAGGCAGAGACUCCUAUUGGACCUGAGACUUACGAGGAGGUGGAGUCACUGGGGAAGUCCCUGCUGGAUAGGCUGACGGUGCCUGUUGUGUUUCCUGAUGGGAGCGAGCAGUACUUUGGCAGCCCAAGCGACAUGGCUUCCUCUGCCGAACAUAUCAGAGAGAAGAUGAAGCUGGUGGAGGAGAGGAGGCUUCAGCAGGAAACGGAAAAGCAGCCAGAAGAGCAGGAGGAGGAGGAAGAGGAGGAGGAGGAGGAGGAGGAGGAGGACUUUGAGACUGACCCCCAGCACAGCUAGCAUUACCCGUCUCUGUCGCUUCUUUCAAACCGCUCCAAAGAAAGCUAGGAGCUGCGGUCAACACAGCACCUGUAAUGACCGCCUGCCGGGCCGCAAAUACUGCGUAAUGCAAAAUGCAGCAGGAAAAACCCCUUCCCGGCAUUCAGUGGGCACCCUGGCACUUCUGCCAUUUCAGCCCUGCCCUUGUUGCCAAGCCUUAUUAACUUACCAUUCAUAGAUAAAGAUAGAAGUCCAGAGUGUUCCCAUUAUGUUGCAUGACGAGAGGGUCAGGAGAACGAGUGACUGCACCGAACUUACAAAAGCCAUACCAUUCCCGGUUCUCUUCUCCCACAGGCAGGUGUCUAAAGCUUCUGUAGUGCUACAGAAUGUAUAGAGUGUAUAUAAAAUGCUAACUCUUUGCUUUUACCUGGCCCUGUAAAGUUAUUUAGGCCAAGCGAACUUGUUCAUGGACAGUAAUGCAAUGAAUUUUAUAUUUUUAUUUUUAAUUAAUUUGUAAAACCUUGCCAUACCUUGUGUCAAUACACAAACCUGUUCAAAGGGUAUUUCAUACUGACAUAAAAUGCCUAACCUACUCUUUUUAAGUAUACAGUAUAAGAAACCAUAUUCAUGUUGUCAAAGCUUUUUAAAAUAAUUUAAAAUUACGCUUGUGUACAUGAAGGUACACUUUAGAAGUAAAGCUCUGUGUGGAACCCGAAUUGCAAUUGCAUAAACCUUGUAUGAAUUUAAAGGAAAUGAGGUGCGAACCAUUUAUUCUCUUCAUAACUGUCAUUGUGUGCUUCUUGUUUCCUUGAGAGAACUACAUUAAAAUAAUAAUUCUCUCUUUAUUUUGUCUGUUUCUGUUGUUUUUCAGCCUUGCCAAUAUAUGCUUUUGGUCAUUAAAUUUAAUCUAGGAAAUAAAUGUUCAAAAUCUUGGAAACUAUGAAGGCAGUGGUCAGAAAUUAUCAUUUUAAAGCAGUUAAUUUCUUGAUAUGGUAGGAUUAUAAUCGCAUAUUUAUUUGAGGAAUAUUCCAACAUUAUGAUGUAAAUAAUUAUUCUGAAUUAUUUUUGUUGAUACACUACUUGGCCACAAGGGUACACUAAUGUGCCAUUUCUUUGUAUUGUUUUUCAGUUUCCUAAGUAAUAAAAGUGGAGGGUAAAAAGA